AAAAUGAUUACUACGAACUACUUUGGAAACAUCAAAAAUUUAAAUUUUUGGCAUCCCUAACCAAGUGUGAGUACUGAUAUCUUUUCUGCAGAUAUUUGAACCAUGGAAACUUACUCAGCCUCCAUAUCACCUAUUAUAUGCAACAGCACAACUUUUAACCUAAACGGAUCAUAUUUGUGUAAUGAAAGUAUAUCUUCUAGAUUGGCUGAUAAAUCAGAACACCAACAAUAUGUUAUCGGACUCUUCCUAUCAUGCCUUUAUACAAUAUUUCUUUUUCCUAUCGGUUUCGUAGGAAACAUUCUGAUCCUGGUUGUAAACAUAAGCUUUCGUGAAAAAAUGACCAUUCCAGACCUUUACUUCAUAAAUCUUGCAGUAGCUGAUCUCAUUUUAGUUGCCGACUCCCUCAUUGAGGUUUUUAAUCUUGAUGAGAAGUAUUACGAUAUCACAAUUAUUUGUACCUUCAUGUCUUUGUUUCUUCAGAUCAACAUGUACAGCAGCAUUUUCUUUCUGACUUGGAUGAGUUUUGACAGAUACCUAGCUCUGGCAAAAGUAAUGAGGUCCAACAUAUUUCGCACUAUGCAGCACGCUAGAUUAAGCUGCGGUCUCAUAUGGAUGGCGUCUAUUUCUGCAGCGCUAGUUCCAUUUACAGCCGUGCAUCUGCAACACACCGGAGAGGUCUAUUUUUGUUUUGCAGAUGUAAAAGAAAUCCAGUGGCUAGAAAUAACCUUGGGGUUUAUCAUUCCCUUUGUGAUCAUCGGUCUUUGUUACUCGCUAAUUGUGCGCGUUCUCGUAAAAGCCCACAAGCACAGGAGUCUCCGGCUGCGGCGCCAAAAGGCGCUUCGAAUGAUUUUUGUUGUCGUCUUGGUUUUCUUUAUCUGUUGGUUACCUGAAAACGUCUUCAUUAGUGUUCAACUUCUUCAAAAGAAAAAUGAGCCUGUCUCUUCCAGCAGCCCAUCUUUCAGGCAUGAUUAUCCUUUAACAGGACAUAUUGUGAACCUAGCAGCUUUUUCUAAUAGCUGUUUGAACCCCUUAAUUUACAGUUUUCUAGGUGAAACCUUCCGAGACAAACUGCGACUGUAUAUUGAACAGAAAACUAAAAUGUCAACGUUACAUCGCUUUUGUCAGGCUGCCUUAACGUCUGUCAUUCCUGACAGUAACGAGCAAUCAGAAGUCUGACUUGGUACUGGUUGUAUAGAAAGUAUGACUGAAACCGUGCAAAUAAUGAACAAAACGCUUGCUACUAACAGAAAAAUGUGUGUUUGUGUGUAUUAUAUUAUAUUGCCCUCCUGAUACCGAAGGUUUAUAUUCCAAAUGUUUUUAUGACAAGACUUUAAUGUAGAAGAAUACGUUUUAGUCAUAUUUGUAUUUAAUUAUGAACAAGAUUAUUAAAAGCUGAGCACUGAUGGAGCUUUAUUUUGUGUUAUACAUGUAUGAAUGAUAAUAUAGCGAAAAAUUCAUCAGGUUAGAAAGACCUGUAGUAUAACUAGAUUAUCAAGAUGAUACUUUGCUGGCAUAUAAGGUACUUCCACAUAAAUAAUGAAGCUGCCAUAAUAGUGGAAAAAAUCAUUAUAAGGUAUUGAUGUGGAAAGGCAGAAAACAUUG